AUCCGUAAGAAGAAGAGGACGAUAUUUGUUUUUGUUUCCUUGUGUCAACAAAAAUAAAUUUGCAGUAUUCCACAAAUUUCUACGGCACUUAAAGAUCGUAUUUUCCUGAAAUUUUCAGCAAUAUGCCUAAGAAAAUGGGUAUGAAUAGUAAAGCCGUCGAGGCUCGGGAAAGAAAGGCAGCGGUUAAGCAGGCAACGCAAUCCAAAAUGGCCAAAGAAGCCGAAGACCGUUUGUGGCAGGAUGACGAUAAGGGAUUGGCACGCAAGCAGCAAAAACGUGAAGAAGAAGAGCGUAAACGGGCCGAGGCUGCCAAGAGAAAGGCUGAGGCAAAGGCUUUACUGGAUAGGGAAAUGGAUUCCAUUAAGACGCAGGGUAAACAACCUUUAGCCAAAAUCAAUCGUCAACAAGUUUUGGAGGAGAUGGAGAAGAAACAAAGAGCUUUGGAAGCAAUGAGUGCUGCUAAACAAAAUCAAAAUCGUGUUGUGGUGCAAACAGAUUACAUUGAGGAGAAUCUUAACAGAACCAUGGCUGAUGUAGAGGUGGCUGCCACGGUUGAACAGGCUUUGGCCGUGCUAAGUGUCAAGGAUGAUGAGGAGGACAAGCAUCCUGAAAAACGCAUGAGAGCUGCUUAUAAGGCCUUCGAAGCUGCCAAUCUACCUCGCAUUAAAGCUGAAAAUCCAUCUAUGCGUUUGUCCCAAUGGAAACAGAUACUAAUGAAAGAAUGGAACAAAUCUCCUGACAAUCCUUUCAAUCAAGGCCGCUGAUAAAUGCAUGGGAUGGGAUUAAUUUUGGCUUGGUUCAUUUAUUUUUUUCAUAGAUGGUUAGGAAUACCUGCCACUGUUUAACGUUUUUAUUUUCUGUAUGAUCUAAUUGAGUUGGCAGACAUAGUCGUCUAGAAAUUUUCAAUACUAUUGUUAUACCUUUUUUUGUUAAAAAUUGCUUCAGUUAUGGGUCUAAAUUAUGGAGUGCACAGUUCUUCGUAUGAGUGAAAAAUAUCUAAAGAAAAAUAAAGUAACAGAAAUUAAUUACGAAUUUAAACAAGAA